GUGAAAACAAAGUACAAAGUACAAACUAAACAUUAAACAGACUACAACAGAGAGAGCGGAGUCGAGAUUGAAGCAUGAGCUUGUCUGCAAUUCGUGCACCAUUCUUUUCCCUCCUCCUCAAAACCACUGAACUAAAUGGAACAACAAGGUGGUCGCUUCAACCUGCCACUGCCACUACACCUUCAAGGCGCUGUGUCAUAGUGGGCACCAGCGUUAGAAGCAAGAACCGGAGGCCAUUGCAGAAGGGUAGGAACCCCAGCAUCGAAGCAAUUCAAACUGUGCAAGCCUUGAAGCGAGCCAAUAUUAAGAAAGACAAACGUUUAUUGGACCAAGUCUGGGACUCCAAGCUCAGCCGCCUUCUCAAGCUCGAUUUGAUUGCUGUUCUUCGUGAACUCCUCCGCCAGAAUGAAUGCGAGUUGGCUCUCAAGGUGUUUGAAGAUGUUCGGAAGGAAUACUGGUAUAAGCCUCGAGUGUCACUGUAUGCUGAGAUGAUCACAGCAUUGGCUAGCAAUGGAUUGUUUGAAGAUGUUGAAUUACUUCACUCAUAUUUGAAAGCAGAACAUGGUUUAAAUCCUGAAAUUGAAGGUUUUAAUGCUCUCUUCAAAACUUUGAUUAGCUUUAACCGCACUGAACUUGCAAUGGAAUGUUACUACCUGAUGAAAGAAGUUGGAUGUGAACCAGACAAGUCAUCCUUUAAGAUAAUUAUAACUGGCUUAGAAUCAAAUGGAGAAACAAAAUUUUCAGCUAUGGUAAGGCAAGACGCUCAAAUGUAUUAUGGUGAAUGUCUCGAGUUUCUUGAGGAGGAAGAGAUUAUGAAGCAAAUACUGUGUGAAUUAUCUCCAAAAAGAACAUAAUUUAUAAAGCAAGGAUUGUCUGUAUAAGCCAGGAUAAAGAGAAGGAAAACAAGUAAAUGCAGCCUCCGACAUCUCAAAAUGCUCCUUGGGAAAAUUACACCAGCCACCAUAAUCAGCUGAAAGCCCAUAAUUUGGAGGACAGAAAUCUGUGGCAGUGAGAACAAUAGAGGGGCUUCCCUGCCGGCACCAUAAUAUAUGGUCAACACAUCUGAGCUCAUAGCAAGCCCCACAAGUACUCCCUUUGUUGAACAAAAUGGUGCUUAGUCCAGCACUGUAUUUCCCAUAGCUAGUCUUGUGGAGGUCUCCAUAACCACAAGCCCCUUCUGCAACAUUAAUAAACAGUAGCCCUUGCUCACUUGCCAGUAAAGUUUAUAUCUUGUAAACUUGCAGCAUCAUUUUGUAGUAAAAGACAGUAAAGUUACAAACUUUGAAACUAUAGAAGCAAGAAAAGUACCUGUAAUGAUUGACCCAUUUGUUUCUUUGGAGUAUGUUGCAGUUGCAGUCUUCCAGUCUUCAUUCUGGGCAUUAAUCUCACAUGCUUUCAGUAGAAACAGGAAGAAAACUGUGGCCUGAAGAGCACCCAUUUGAGAUAAGAUAACGAGGCUUAAGUGAACAAUGUUUUCUUUCUUCCUAUUUGGGACUCUUAGCGGGACUGAAGGUUGAAUAAAGCCUUAACUUUUUUUUUUUUUUGGGUAGAAAUCUUGAAAAAGAAGAAACUUUGACAGAGAGCCACCAACUUGGGACUCCUUUGGUUCACAUUGUGGGAUCUUUGCCUCUUUCAGCAGGGAAAGACUGAAGCGCGUGUUGGUGUAUAGAAAAACAAACUAGGGAUACGCUUUCUUUUGUUUCUUUGUAUUUUUUUUUGUUUUCUUCUUUUCAGCUGGGAUUGGGGACUGGUAAAAGGAAAUGUGUUGCCUGCUGCAUUUGGCUAUAUUCGAGAGAGAAAAAGGGUUUUUGGCUUUGUGUUGGUGGCAGACAGAGAGCGGAAAGCCAUUAUAAAAUUCAAAAUCUAAAUUAUAUUUUCA